AUGUCGCUGAUCAACGAGACGCAUGAUUCACUUCCAUACAUCGACGAGGACGUGACGCCUCAGGUGCGCGCAGAGCUCAGCAGACUCAUUGACGCCGAGCUCCCUGCAGAUUACCGGUCGACUCUCCAUCCAUCUCUGCCAGAGCUCCCGCCGACCAAGUUCUCGCCUCUGAUAGAGCAGGAGCUUGAGAGAAAGGCGAGGAAUGAACCCAUAUCCGGAGGAAUUGAUCUGUCUCGAUAUGAAGCUCCAGAGAUACCCCCUUCUCCACAGACCCGAACGCCGACCCUGCCACCAAAGGAGAACCUAGCUUUGCUAGAAGCCCAUGGCAAGAACGCGUGGUUGAUUGGCAACAUGCAGUUAGAGGAGAUCCUGCGACGCACUGAAAAGGAACUGCAUGAUACCACUGAAGCCACGGAGGCAGUUAAUCGAGAGAGGAAGCUAAAGCAAGAGAGCGUCAGGGGAGAACUAGCGGCUCUGGAAGAUACAUGGAGACGGGGAGUGAGCGGAACUUUGGAUGUUGAGAUUGCAGCUGAGAAACUCAGGAGGGACAUUCUAGACAUGAGGCGGCAGCAAGCACAACCCUAG